AUGGCGACUGAUAUCCUGGAGCCGACUCUACAAAAUGUCUUGGACCAGAGGUCGCUGAAGUGGAUCUUCUGCGGUGGCAAGGGUGGUGUCGGAAAGACAACGACGUCGUGUUCGCUCGCGAUCCAGCUAGCGACAUGCCGGGAAUCUGUCCUCCUCAUCUCCACAGAUCCUGCGCACAACCUCUCGGAUGCUUUUGGCCAGAAGUUCUCGAAGGAGGCGACGAAAGUGAACGGGUUCGACAACCUCUUCGCAAUGGAGAUCGACCCGACGAGUGCGAUCCAGGAGAUGGUCGAGCAGUCGGACUCGAACGGGAUGAUGGGCAGCAUGAUGCAGGACCUCGCGUUCGCUAUCCCGGGUGUGGACGAAGCGAUGAGCUUUGCGGAGAUCAUGAAGCACGUCAAGUCGAUGGAAUACUCCGUCAUCGUCUUCGACACUGCCCCGACAGGACACACCCUUCGCUUCCUCUCCUUCCCAACUGUCCUCGAGAAGGCGCUUGGCAAGCUGAGUGCGCUCAGUGGACGCAUUGGGCCCAUGAUCAACCAGAUGACGAGCCUGAUGGGUGGCCAGGCGGACGCGCCAGAAGACAUGUUCGCUAAGCUCGAGAGCAUGCGUGCGGUCAUCACAGAGGUGAACACGCAGUUCAAGGACCCAGAAAAGACAACCUUCGUCUGCGUGUGCAUCUCUGAGUUCCUCUCGCUCUACGAGACCGAGCGGCUCGUUCAGGAGCUCACCGCUUAUGAAAUCGACACGCACAACAUCGUUGUUAACCAGCUUCUCUUCCCCAAGCAGAGUUCGAACUGCGAGCAUUGCCGCGUACGGCACAACAUGCAGCAGAAGUACCUGAACGAGGCACACGAGCUAUACGACGAAUUCUUCCACAUCGUGCAGCUGCCGCUGCUUACGGAAGAGGUACGCGGACCUCAGAAGCUGAAGGACUUUAGCAACAUGCUUGUGGAGCCGUACGUACCCCCUGUAGACUAA